AUGGACAGUAGUGAGGGAGCUUCCGGAUUCCGGAGCGCGGAUGUGUUGAUGAAUGGGUAGUGAAGCAUCGAGCUCAGCGCAGGAAGAGCGGCCACUGUCAGACAUCAGAGGAGCCGACGAUUGUGCGACAAGCGAAGGGAAGUCGCGGUUUGCUCCGAAGGUUUAGAGGUUUGGUCAUUUGAAGUGGUGCGCGGCUUCCGGAAGAGCGAAUCUUCGUUUGCGGAACUUGAAUCGAAUGAUCUUUUGCCAGUGGUAGCUUCGAGUGACAUUUUUGUGCCGAAACCCUAAUCUGUCAGUCGUCGAACGAGGUUGUGGAGCUUUGCCCUCGGAUGGUCGUGCAGUCUCCGUGGACAGGAUCAAUUUCGCUCUUCGCUGUAUCUUUUAGACGUGUCGAAGACAAUGUGUCAGUAGGUGCGUAGAAUAUUGGAGCAAGAUGUCGGCAAAUUUGCUGGAGCAGACGAGGGCAUGGCACGAGGAAGUGGAAAGGUUGGAAAGAUUAAUUGUGAAGGAUUUGCAGCGCGAUGCAAAGCCUCACAAGGAGCGGUUGCAUCAAUAUCACCGUGUGAAUAACAUGGUGGAAUCUAUCGUUGGCACCUGCGGGAAGCUUGUUGAAAUAUACGAAGACAAGGACAAUGCCCGCAAAGACGAAAUUGCUGCUCUUGGAGGGCAAAGUGCCAAUGGGCAGAAUAAUUACUUCAGCGCUUUUUACGAUCGGCUAAAAGAGAUCCGCGAUUAUCACAGGCGUCACCCAAGUGCGCGAGUGGUCGACGAAGGUGAAGACGCGGAGGACCUAUUGAAAGAGGAGCCAUGGAUCGAAUUCAGCGGAGAGGAAGCACAUGGGCGAUAUCUGGACCUGCAUGAGCUUUACAAUAGUUAUCUCAAUUCUAAAUUCGGUCAUUCUAUCGAAUACUCAGCCUACCUGGAAGAAUUUUCGCAAACACACAAGAUCACUCGCAAUCACAAGCUCUCGAAACAGUAUAGAGAGUACAUUUCUCACUUGACUGAGUACUUGAGGUCAUUCUUCCAACGGACACAGCCCCUUCAAGACUUGGAUAAAAUUUUUGCUAAGGUCGAGGCUGACUUCGAACCUAGCUGGGAGGCUGGUACUGUGGAUGGUUGGGAAGACAAGGGUCUUGGAAAUGGACAGGCUUCAAUCACUCAAGAACCUACGAUUGACAUUGAGGACUAUGAUUCGAUUGAGGAGCUGAUGGAGUUGGGUCCGGAACGACUGAAGGAUGCACUGGCCUCUCUCGGAUUGAAAAGCGGGGGCACUGCACGACAGCGUGCAGAACGUCUUUUUUUGACCAAGUCUACCCCGCUUGACGAACUGGAUCGAAAGCAUUUUGCAAAAGGAUAUCAACCUGCACAGAAGAAGACCGAGCAGGAGAUUGCUCAGCAGAUGCAAAUAUCAAGGGAAGUUGCUCUGGCAGAGUCUCAGAUGCAGCGGCUUUGUGAGCUUCUGAAUGAGGCAAUUGAAGAAACGAAGGCACACGUAGGAAGAAAGCAGGCACUGACGUACGAAGAGAUGGAAGCCGAGCGAGAGGAGGAAGAAGUGCAGGCGGAGAGUGAGAGUGAUGAUGAUGACCAACAGAUCUACAAUCCCUUAAAGCUGCCCAUGGGAUGGGAUGGAAAACCUAUUCCAUACUGGCUAUACAAGCUUCAUGGACUUGGCCAGGAAUUCAAAUGCGAGAUAUGUGGGAACAAUAGCUACUGGGGGCGAAGAGCAUUUGAAAGACAUUUCAAGGAGUGGCGUCAUCAGCACGGCAUGCGUUGCCUGGGAAUACCCAACACGAAGAAUUUUCAUGAGAUAACCUCCAUCAAGGACGCGAGGGCACUAUGGGAGAAGAUUCAAGAAAGACAAGGAGUCAACAAGUGGAGGCCUGAUUUAGAAGAGGAGUACGAGGACCAGGAUGGAAACGUGUACAAUAAGAAGACCUUUGCCGAUUUGCAAAGGCAAGGACUAAUUUGAAGUUCCAGUGGUGUACUUCAGUGCCAGGCUUCAUACAUACCUCUACAUGGAAGCACCUUGGGGUUGGAUGUAGCAAAUUUUGCCUUCGAAUCUGUAAUUGUAUCUGGCAGAUCAUCCACGUCAUGCCUCGGAGUUUUGUGGACAAGAAAUGUCAGUCGGUCCGCCUUGAUGCAGUCAAGGAAAACUUCUCGUCAGCUCCUCCAACUAGAAAUGCCCUUUUGGGGAACUGUGUCUGGUAUGACACAAUCAGUAGAGAUUUUCCAGGUUAGGUGGCUGGAGGAUAUGCGUUAUAAUCAUGUAAAAAGGAAAAUAGUUGAAAUUCAAGUCGCCCCUACACCGUGUCGU